AUGUCUUAUUGGAAUGAAAUUUUCUCAACCUUCAGGGUUCUCUCUAAGUGGGAACAUAGUUCAAAUAACUCCAAAAUUUGCAACCAAACCCGUUUAGUAUCAGUUAAAGGAGGAACAUACCUUGAAGUUAAAACUCAAAUAGAAGAAAUCACCUUCCUUUGUGAUACGAAAAACUAUAAACAUGUUAGAAAGCAUGUAUGGAAUGUUCAUAAAAUCGAAGGCAAAUACUACGUCGGAGCUAGAAUUAACGGAAAAAAUGUUUAUUUCCAUCGUAUGAUCACAAAUUUUAAAAUGGUUGGUCAUAUUAAUCGAGAAAGUAUGGAUAACCGGAAUUGUAAUUUACAAGAAACAAAUCAUCGAAAGAAUAAUUUAAACCGUAAAUUGCAAAGAAACAAUACAAGUGGACUGAACGGAAUAUCUCAAUUUGGAAAUAAAUGGCGUUUCCAAUGGCAUGAAUGCGGAAGAAGAAAAUCAAGAAUUUCUAGGGAUUUAGGAGAGCUAAAGGAAUUUAAGAAACAAAAAGACUUACAACUCGGUAACAAAAAUGGAUACGAUGUUAAUUAUGAAUGA